AUGGCAGGCGCCUACGUUCCCGGCGUGCCAGGGCCUGGGGAGCUUGCGUUUCCUGCGCAAGUUACCUUGGAAGCGCGAAUGGAUGCUCAGACCUCUCGAUGUACCCUGGAGGCAGAACAGCAUGUUAUGGGGUUGAUCAUCUCCCAGAGAGCCGCUGGUAGAAAACAAAUGGUAAAGUUGUGUCGCCUCCAGACAUGGAGAGCGCGACGGGUACUAGACUAUGCCGGAUCAAUGGUACAACCACCCAGCCACGGCAAGCUCUGGGAAGAUCUGGGGAAGCAUUGCAUGGAGCGGUUUCAUGUUCUAGUGAGCAAAGUGGAAAAAUUUGCGACUCUCCUCAAAGAGACAUUAAACAAGAGUAGCUAUAGCUACAAUGUUUACAUGCAUGGAUCCUCGGUUUCAAGAAGUGGGAGCAAAAACCCUGCAAGUAAACUUCACAUUUCUCCUUGCUUCUGGCAGCUAUCGUUCAUAUUCACUCCUGGAUCUUCAACCCCACAGCUACCAGCACCGGUAGAUGACUGGUCACUGCAACAUCGCAUCCAAUCUUUCGACGACUGA